AUGGCAAGGUUCAGCGAGUAUGAUCUUGGUGAUGACGCAGAAAUGGUUUCACGAAGGGACAAAAGAGUUCUUUCAGAUGCCAUCUUGGACUUUUGUUCUGAUUCUCUCAAGGAUGCUCUGCGAAGAUCACAAAAUGAGUCGAAAGAAGCGCUCGUCAGUCUCCAGGAGAUUUGUGUGGAAGUCGCCAAGAAUCUUGAGUGA